AACUAAAAUGUCAGUGUCAGCUGUGCUCCUUAUAUCCAAAUUCACAAUAUUGUUUUCUAUAAUUGUGUAUUAUAAUUCAGUUAAAAGAGAAUCAUAUAUAACUGAUAUAACGAAGUGAUAAUUCGUGGAUAUACAUACUUAAAUACUCGUUCAUUUCUUUUGUUUUCUGGCAUGUUUUUGUAAGUAAAGUUGUUAAAAUGUUAAACGCAAGUAGCACAAACGUAUUGCAAGCUCCCAGCAUACUGUCUCUUAUAAGAGCCAACUGUUGCACCACAUGUCUGAGCAGCGACCGCCGUCUCUAUCCAAUCAAAGCAUAUCUCCCUGAACUAAGAUAUCUCUGCAAAGAAGUUUCUUUUUCAGCUGACAACACAAUAUGUUAUGAGUGCAAAGCUAUCCUAACAAAAAUACUGACAUUCAGACAGAGAGCAGUAGAAGCAAUGAAUGUUUUACUCAGCUUGGGACAAGUAAAUUCACUGAAAAAAGGUGCGGAAAUCAAUAUUGACAGCCUCUCAUCUCUAACUUGUUCCAAUAUUAAAAACACAUUUGAUGCUGAAUAUGACCUGACUUAUAACAUCAUUCCAAUUGAAUUGAAACAAGAAAGUGAUGAAGAAGCAAGUAUUAAAAUAGAAAAUGUGGAUAUAUGUGAUGGCAUCAGUGAUGAUGAUGAUGAUAGAGAACCACUCUCGGGGCCCAGGACGGAGGGAUCAGUUGAAGCGGAGAGCCUCCUAACCCCAUGGAAAGUGGAAGCUGAGUCAGUAUCAGCAGAAUGUAAGGAAGAACAAGAACAGUCUGAUGAUAAUGAGAAGCCUUCAAAAUCUCUAGCCUCAGAAAAUAAGCCCUUAGCUUCAAGAAAACUCAGCAAUAGCUUCAUUUAUAGCAAUACCGACCACCAGCCCUCGUCAUCACUAGCUGAGAAUGAGCGUGCGUACGACAUAAAGACAUUCAGUAGUGAUGCAGAACUGACUGCAUUCAGGGAGGCCAGUAAGAAACCGACCUUGGCUGGCAGAGUUUACAAAUGUGAAACGUGCAUUAUUGCAUUUGGGAAAAAGGAAUUAUUUGACAAACACAAAAAAUUGCAUGAUAAGCAAAGGGGUCCAUUUAUGUGUCGUUUCUGUGAACUGAGGUUUACAUUGAGAAGCGCAUGUGAAGAACAUGUAAACUCUCACUACAGACAUUACACAUGUCGCUUCUGCGACUAUCGUCACCACAGAGAGUCGCAAAUGCAAUGGCACAUACAUCGAUACCACAAGGCAUACGAGUGUGGAGAAUGCAAUAUUAAAUUUACCCGUUAUUAUAUGUACAACAAGCAUUUGAAGAGAGUCCACGGGGAAGUGAUCCAAUGUGAUUUCUGCAGCAAAAUCUUUACCACAAAGGAAUCGCUUAAAAGACAUAUUACUAACAUUCAUCAGGGCCUCGCGCCUGUGUACGAGUGCAAUGUUUGCGAGAAGAAAUAUAAAUCCAAAGUAAAUUUCAAAAAUCACACAAAAGCUGCCCACAGUACCAACGACGACGCCGCGCCGCCGGCGUACUGCGUCGACUGUAAACAACAUUUCAAAAAUGAAUCUAUAUUGAAACUUCAUCUGCAGAUGUCCAAGAAACACGCGGCGCCCAGGUACGAAUGUGACCACUGCGGUGUUAAAAGCGUCAACAAAGCAGGUCUUCAGUAUCACAUAGACUCCACACAUAUGAAGAUUCCUAGAUACGAGUGUGAAACGUGCGAUCAGAAGUUUAUAACAAUCAUUUCCUUGAGGCGGCACAAACAAAAUGCCCACGGAGGCAAGAAGGCAGCGGUCAAGAAACACGUGUGCCAUGUGUGCGGAAAAGAAUUUACGGUCAGAAAAAGUCUAGAAGAGCACAUGAACACCCACUCCGGGCUGCGUCCGUUCAAGUGCAAUGUGUGCGGAGAUACAUUCGCGUACAGUGCGGCGCUCUACACACACAACAAGCUCAAGCACUUGAAAAUAAAACCUGAGUCCUGGAAGAAGAAGAAGAAGAAGACUGCCAGUUAAUUAAUUCUACCGCGCAGGUAUCUGACCAUCCCUGAAUUUAGGGCGAAACAGAUAUCAUGAAUGAACAAGUUUAUAUAGCAUUAUUAGUAAGUUCAUCUCAGCAAAGUUAACCUAAAUUCGUGCGGGGCAGAUAACUGCGUGGCAAACAAUAAAUCUUAAAUAAAUUAUUUACCAGAGAUUU